AGCCCGCCGGAGCCGCCCCGGAGGGAGAGCCGGAGCAGCAUGGCCGGGGCGCAGAGCCGCCGUCCUCUCGCGCCGGGUGAAGAUGUCAAACCAUUCACUCCUGAGAAGACCAAGGAAAUUGUGAUGUCUCUACAGCAACCUGCAGUCUUCUAUAAUAUGGUCGGCGACUGGCCAGCCCUGCGCUGGAAUGCGGAAUACCUUUCUGCAGUGUUGGGUGGAAAGAGAAUACAGUUUAGGCUAGGUCUGAGGACAAUGGAUUUAGUUCCCCAGUUUGAAACCAGGUGUAGCUAUGUGAAAGCUACACUUGAAGAGUUUUUGGCUUGGAGUUGUGGGCAGCCUUCUUGUCUCUCUGGACCAUUCAGUUGUUACGAGCACUCCAGAUACUGGGCUUACGCUGACUACAAAUACAUUGCCAAGAUAUUUGAAGAUAAGCCAGAAAUUUUCCAGGAUAUCAGAUGGUCUGACUUUGGUUUUCCUGGAAGAAGUGGAAAAGAGAGCACCCUGUGGAUUGGUUCUGAAGGAGCAAACACCCCCUGCCAUUUGGACUCCUAUGGCUGCAACUUAGUGGUGCAAGUACAAGGAAGGAAAAGAUGGUACCUCUUCCCACCUGGUGACACCAGUUUCCUUUAUCCCACCAGGAUCCCUUAUGAAGAAUCCAGCGUAUUCAGCAAAGUCAACGUUCCCAACCCUGAUCUGAAACGCUUUCCUGAGUUUAAGAACGCAACAGCCCAUGUGGUUACACUCAGUCCAGGACAGGUCCUGCUCGUUCCAAGGCACUGGUGGCACUAUGUGGAAUCCAUUGAUCCCAUCACUGUCAGCAUAAACUCUUGGAUUGAGCUGGAUGCAGAUCACGAAGCCCGUGUAGAAGAAGCAAUAACUCGAGUGCUGGUAUGUGCCAUAAAAUCAGCAGAAAAUCCCAGUGAUGGAGAUCCCUGGCUAAAUCCCACAGAGGUUGAAGCAACAUCUCAUGAAAUCAAUCUUCAAUACCUGAACAAAGCAGUGUCUGCGUGUUUGGAGUGUCGCGAGGCAAGUGUGUCAGAGCAGGCGUGUUCCAGCAGCGCUGGUGCAGAGCAAAGGACAAGGGCUUCACGCAAGAGGAAGAAAAGGGAAGCUGGCUGUGAACCAGAGGGCUGCAGAGUGCUAACCCACACAUUUGGCUUUUCAACACUUGAAGCAGAAAAGCUGCAGAAGAUACCUUUUGGGCCUCACCUUGUUCAAGUUUUACCACAGCCUGAAGGAACGAGCUCGAUGGGUGCACUUGCAAGUGAUAGUAAAGAUCUUCUCCAUGAAAAUGAAGGGGGACAUUCUGGAAAGUCACACUGCACCGGGAAGCACCUGGGAACGAGCAAUGACUGUGAAACACCUGCACAUCAAGUGGAUUCAGAGGGUGAUCCGGAUGCCUCACAAACAGCCCUUUCUACCAACGAUUUGCUGGACUGUUUGGUUAAUCCGCGUGUCAUCAAUUUAGUGGCUCGGCUGCUGUUGGAGAGAACAAGAGUUUAAUGCUAGA